UCAGCUGUGUCCAAUCACAGGUGAUCAUCGGUCAUGUGAUCAGCUGUGUCCAAUCACAGCUGAUCACAUGUAAAUAUGGAAAUGCCAGGCACUGAUGAUCAGUGUGGCCCCAGAAGUGCCCCCUGUCAGUGCCCAUCAAUGCCAGCUGUCAGUGCCCAUCAGUGCCUCAUCAAUGCCACAUAUCAGUGCCUACCAGUGCACAUCAAUGCCCCAUAUCAGUGCCCAUCUGAGCUGCCUUUCAGUGUCACCUAUCAGUGCCAGUGAGUGCAACCUAUCAGUGCUGCCUAUCAGUGCCCAUCAGUGCUGCCUAACAGUGCCAGUCAGUGCCACCUACACAGUGCCAGUCAGUGCCGCCUAUCAGUACCACCUAGCAGUGCCGCCUAUC